AUGGCAUCGGCAGAGACAGCAAAGUUGGAGGACACCGGAGCUCCUGCCCCCGGCGUUGUGCUUGACCAAAAUUCCGAUGCCCCACCAAAUGAAGCUGCACAGCAAAAUUCUCAGGGCAUAAAGGAGGAAGAGGAUGAAUAUUACGAUGAUAUAUUUGCGGAAGAUCUUGAUGAUGAAGACUUCCUCUCCUCAAACCCAGCCGAUUUUACAAAAACAUACAACCGUCAACGCCGCUUGAACGAGGUCGCGGCAGACGCAAAUGCGCCGAAGUCAUCCUACCCAAAAAGCAACCCGCAAAAGCCUACCAUAAAUACCCAUGCAAAGAUCGAUGACCAGAUAUCGGCGCUUUCUAGACAUGCUGCAAAAUUACGGCUCGAUGAUACGCAAUCCGGCCUUGGAGGCCGGACCUCCAAAGGCGCCGACAAGAGCGACAGGGCAACAUCUGAACAAGUGUUGGACCCGCGAACGAGAAUGUUGCUAUUGCAAAUGAUCAACAGAAAUGUUAUAUCAGAGGUUAAUGGAUGUUUGUCGACAGGCAAAGAAGCCAAUGUUUACCACGCUGUUUCCUAUCCCGACGGUGAAGACGGAGAGCCCGUACAACGUGCGAUCAAGGUCUAUAAAACAAGCAUUCUAGUAUUCAAGGACCGUGAUAAAUACGUCACAGGAGAGUUUAGGUUCCGACAGGGAUACAACAAGUCCAACAAUCGGGCCAUGGUCAAGGUAUGGGCCGAAAAAGAAAUGCGGAAUCUCAAACGCAUUUAUGCAGCCGGAAUUCCUUGUCCAGAACCACUGUACCUACGGUUGCACGUUCUUGCCAUGGGUUUUCUUGGAAAUUCCAAGGGUCUUCCUGCACCUCGUUUGAAGGACGUCGAAUUACAGGAUGCAGACCCAGAAGCCCGAUGGCGGGCUCUUUACAUGGAGCUGAUUGGGUACAUGAGGACCAUGUACCAAGACUGCCGAUUAGUGCAUGCUGAUCUGAGCGAGUAUAAUAUCCUAUACCACAAACACAAACUGUUUAUCAUUGAUGUAAGUCAGAGUGUUGAACAUGACCAUCCGCGCAGUUUGGAGUUCCUGCGUAUGGAUAUCAAGAACGUCAGCGACUUCUUCGGCCGAAAGGGCGUCGAUACCCUUCCUGAGCCCACGGUGUUUGAAUUUAUCCUGUCUCCAGAGGGACCUCGGAUGGUAGAUGGGUGCAACGACCAAAUGAUCCAGGAAUUGGAGAGCCUUUUCGCCCAUAGAACAGAGACUCAUGACACGGAGGCUACCGAGAUUGACACUGCAGUGUUCAGACAGCAGUACAUCCCUCAAACGCUUGAACAAGUGUAUGACGUUGAACGCGACGUCGAGAAGCUCAAAGCAGGUGAGGGAGAAGAUCUUGUGUACCGCAACCUGCUAGCUUCCCGCGGGAAAGCUCGUGUAGGUGAUGAGGAACAACGCGCGAGCGCCGUCGUCGUUGACGAGGGCUCGGACGAAUCCGGAGGCGUUUCGGUGUCAGAAGGAGAGUCAGAGGGUGAGGAGGACGAGGACGACGACCUAUUCGCCAAGAAGCCGCCGCGUGGGAAAAGAUUUGAAGACAAAGAUGUGAAGCGCGACCACAAGCGUCAGGUUAAGGAGGAAAAGCGGGAACAGCGGGCGAAGAAGAUGCCGAAACAUAUCAAGAAAAAGAUUAUUAAUUCUACGAAAAGGAAAUAA